CGUAUCGAUCAGUUUCAUAUAAAGUUUCAACAAACGUAGUUCCUUAACCUUUUUUUUUUGUACCUGUGAUAAGUUAAUUCUUUUAGAUUUAACUAAUUGUUUUAAAAUUUAUAUAUAAAAUCAACAAUAAUAUAGGUGACAAAAUAUGAAGUUCAAAGUGUUCCUUGCUUUCUUAGUUGGGGUCAUUUCAAUAGCUUCUAUAAAUGGAGCAGAUACUAAUGCUACUGUGACACCUGUAACUUCAACCACUGUUCCAACAACAAUAGCAACAACAACAACAACUGUCAAGCCUGUGGUCAUCACAAAAGACAGUUUACUCUGUAAAAGAUGUUCCUGUAUCAUAGAUAUUCUUGAGUUGAAUUGUAACAACAAAUCAAUGACUCAAUGGUUCAACGAUGACGAAUGGAAUACAAUCACCAAUGGCAAUGUACAAUUCAUUACUCUUCGAAUGGAACACAAUAAUUUGACAAAUAUUCCACCAUUAAAACCAGCCUCAGUACAAAAUCUCUAUCUUGGGCACAAUUUAAUUAAUCGCAUUGAAACUGCUGCAUUCCGGAAUUUUAUUAAUUUGACAAUUUUAGAUUUGAGUUAUAAUAAUUUAACAACAAAAUCCCUUCGUCCCGAAGUAUUUCAAGGAAACUACAAUGCCCAGAACUACCAACCAAUGGCAAAUCUUAAGCAAUUGGAUUUGGGACACAAUGCAUUGCAUUCUCUAGAUGCGGAUGUUUUUGAACAUUUCCCCAUAUUGGAAAUUUUGAAUUUGGGUUCAAAUCAGUUUCAAGUUAUGGAUCAUCAAACUGAAGUUGCUAUCACUGGAUUAGUUCAUUUAAAGACUCUGGACUUAUCCUACAUGGAACUGAAGGACUUGCCAGAUAAUUUAUUACACGCACCAAGAGAUCUUGAGAACUUAAUUCUAACAGGAAAUCUUUUGGAUGAAGUUCCUGACGGUAUUGACAGGGCAGUGAACUUGAAAAGCCUAACUUUUGACGAAAAUCUUUUGGUUAAUUUAGAAAAAGAAAAUGUUUUUCCUAAAAUGCCUAAACUGGAGUUCUUGAGCAUCUCAUAUUCAGCUGAUCUAGCUAAAAUAGGAGCAGGAGCUUUUAGCAAUUUGCAAGGUCUAAAGAAAAUUCAACUUUCCGACAACCCUAAAUUGUCAUACAUUGAUCCAAAGGCUUUUGCUAAUGCAACUGUGAAUCCAUUGAUCUUUGACUAUCCAACAUUAGAAGAGCUUAACCUCCACAACAACAACCUUACUCACCUAGAUCAUGAUCUCUUCGAACGCUGGGAUAAAAUAAAAUCCAUCGACUUACGCCGCAAUCCUUGGAAUUGUGACUCCGAUAACAGUUGGUUAAUUCACACACUUAUGACCCAAAUCAAUGAAACUUCACCGUUGCUCGUCAAAGAUGUUGUUUGUGGUGCUCCAUCGGCAUGGAAAUCAAAACAAUUGAGCGAGUUAAAUCAUGAUAAAAAUAUCCUUCGCUGCGAAAGCGACAGCGAUACAAGUAGCGACGGACGCCUGCUGAUUGGUUUGCUUAUAGGACUUUUCGUUGGAAUACCAAUUUCUCUUGGAGCUGUUUUGGCAUAUCGGAGGGGAUAUUUCGGUCUGUUGUUCAACAGAGGUCACACUGGACAAUCACUUUACAACCGAGCAAGUUUCCAAGAUGAUUUUCAUAUCUAAGUGAAAAAAAAGAGGUACACGGGAAGAAAAUAUUUCUAGCCAAAGAAUUUUUGUUUUUUUUUAAUUUUUUUUAUUUUAAUUUAGUUUUAUUAAAUGAUGGGUUAUGUUGAUUGAUUUAAUGAGAAAUAAAUAUAAGAUAAAAAAAAAAUAAUAUCAACUAUCAUCGAAAAGAAUUUUAUCAUUUGUUUGAUUGAAUGCAGGUCGAAAAGCAUUAAA